CAACUUCAAUGUCAAAGGUUCGCAGAAAUUAUUUUGUCAAUUUCCCAGAAGGAGAAGGUCAUCGUACACUUAGAAUAUAUAGUAGGAGCAUAAGACAAACCUGACACCAAAAGCAAAGACCUUCCUAUGGAAUCUUGUUCAGUGUCUUCUUUCAAAAGCUUAUUGGUGAAGAAGAUUGAGAAGCCAGCAACUUUAUUCUGAGCCUGUCUAAUAUAGAGUUGAAAAGAAUUUUUGUUUCUGGCUAUAGCUGUUCUCCAAAUUCCCCUGUGAUGGAAGAUAUGUUAUAUGUUGCGAUGGGAGACAGCGUGAAAAAGAACAAAUCAAUCUUGAUAUGGGCAUUACAGAACUCUGGAGGAAAAAAGAUGUGCAUCAUUCACAUUAAUCAGCCUGCAACCGUGAUCCCCAUGAUGGGAACAAAAUUUCCAGCAAGCUCAAUGAAGGAAAAGGAAGUCAGGGCAUACCGGCAAAUUGAAAGGCAAAACAAGCAGAAAAUCCUGGAUGAGUAUUGUCGUAUCUGUGGGAAAAUGGGGGUACGGCCAGAAGUAAUACACUCUGAUAUGGACUGUAUUGAGAAGGGGAUUGUGGAACUCAUCUCCCAGCGUGGGAUCAGGAAGCUUGUUAUGGGAGCAGCAGCAGACAAGCACUACUCAAAGAAAAUGAUAGACCUCAAAUCUCAAAAGGCCAUCUACGUGCGCCUACACACACCUCCGUCCUGUCGCAUACAAUUUAUCUGCAAGGGAUACCUCAUCCACACCAGGGAAGGUGUUUUAGAUGAAGCUGAUGUAGAGGUUAGAUCAAGUCAAAACUCGAAACCUGGAUCAUUAAACCACUUGAUGACACAAUCUGGGGGGCAAAACAUUGGCGCAGCCCCCAGCAAUGCAGGUCGAGUUUCAUUCUACAGUGAAAGUAUUGCCAGUAUUGACUAUACCAGAGGAAGCAGAACAGACGUUUCUUCCCUUGAUGGUACUGAAGACCCCUCAACUCCAAAGAGAAGGUUGGAUGCACAAAGGGGUUCUGAUGGAUGUGUUGAAUCUUCAACGAGGUAUCGUCCCGGUUCGAGUUAUUCAACAUGCUCGUCUAGUAGAGAGGUUGACACAGCUCGGAAUCCAUCUGUUAGGUCUGAGGGGACUGACAAUUGGUUACAGUCAAUUGAGCUUCCUCACUCCAAUGAGAAUCUUCAUCAUUCAUCCCCUCCCAGUGUACUGGAUGGAAGUAUAGAUGACACUCUUUAUGCUAAACUGGACCAAGCCAUGGAAGAUGCUGAAAAUGCGAGGCGAGAAGCAUUUCAAGAGUCAGAAAGGUGUGGCAAAGCCAAAAAGGAUGCAGUUGAGGCUAUGCGCAGGGCUCAAGUUUCAGAAAGCUUAUACUCUGAGGAGGUGAAACAAAGAAAAGAAACUCAGGAAGCUCUAGCAAAAGAAAAGGAAGAAAUUCAAAAGGUGAAAACCCAGCUGAACCAAGUCAUGGAAGAACUCCAGAAUGCUUUAGAAAAACAAUCAUCACUUGAGAGCCAAAUUACAGAAUCUGACGAGAUGGUAAAGGGUUUGGAACUGAGGAUGGCCUCUGCUAUGGAACUGUUGCAAACGUACAAAAAAGAACGGGAUGAGUUUGAGGCAGAGCGUGAUAAUGCACAAAAAAAAGCUGAAGAGCUGAGAAGAAAACAAGGAGAGGCCUCAAGCACAAAAACACCUCAAUUCUUCUCAGAGCUCUUGUUCUCGGAGAUUGAAGAAGCGACUCGGAACAGUGAUCCGUCCCUUAAAAUUGGAGAAGGAAGACAUGGGAGCAUUUAUAAAGGUCUCUUGCGUCAAACCCAGGUGGCUAUAAAAAUGCUACACCCUCAUAACUUGCAAGACCCCUCAGGAUUACAACAUGAGGUUGAUACAUUGAGAAAGUUGAGGCAUCCCAAUCUUGUCACGCUGAUUGGAUCCUGUGAAGAAGCUCAUGCUCUCAUCUAUGAGUAUCUUCCCAACGGAACCCUUGAAGAUCGACUCAGCUGCAAGGACAACACUCCCCCAUUGUCAUGGCAAACUCGAAUAUGCAUUGCCACAGAGUUGUGCUCUGCCCUCAUCUUUCUUCAUUCUUAUACUCCUGUCAGCAUAUUACAUGGUGAUUUGACACCUGCCAAGGUUCUCCUUGAUGCCAACUUCAUUAGCAAACUCUGUGACUUUGGAAACUGCCCGCCACCAUCUCUUGAUCAAAGUCUAAAAGACAACAAUAUAACACUGUGCUGGAGAACUGAGCUAAAGGGCACUACUAUUGCAUACCUUGAUCCCGAGUUUCUCCUUACAGGAGAGCUUACUUUAAAGUCAGAUGUCUAUUCAUUUGGAAUCAUAUUGUUGCAGUUGCUGACUGGAAGGCCACCACUGGGGAUAGCAAAGGAAUUGCAAUUUGCAUUAGAUGCUGGAAAGUUAAAAACCCUCUUGGAUCCUUUGGCUGGAGAUUGGCCAUUUGAGCAAGCUGAACAGUUGGCUCACUUGGCUUUAAGGUGUUGUGAAAUGUAUCGAACGAACCGACCAGACCUUAGUUCAGAUGUCUGGACGGUUCUUGAACCAAUGCGGGUUUCGUACGGAGGCUCAUACUCAUCAUCCUACCUGAGUUCUCAAGAGCACUCUGAACCUCCUUCAUAUUUCCUUUGUCCCAUCUCCCAGGAAGUCAUGCACGAUCCUCAUUUAGCAGCGGAUGGUUUUACUUAUGAAGCGAAAGCUUUGAGCGAAUGGUUUGACGGUGGACAUACCACUUCACCCAUGACAAAUCUGAAGCUCGAGCACUGCAAUCUUUUACCAAACCAUGCUCUUCGAUCAGCCAUUCAGGAGUGGCAACAAAGGCACUGAAGUCUAGAUCUCUAUCUUUUUCUUUCUCUUUACUUUUACAUAUUGUUUAUACUUUUUCUUGGUGCAAUCCAAUCAAGAAAGAUUGACGCUAUAAAUAAUAAAUCAACAGAUUAAAAGCUUAUGUAUCACAUAUUCUAAUUAA